GACAUCGAGUGUGGAGGACACCCUGGAGGAGGAGACGGAACCCUCCUGUUUGCUGGGGCUCGGCCCCCGGCGAGGCUGGCCGCAGGUGACCACAGAGACCUAGCCUGGUGUCGUGCGGCCGCUGGGUCUGUGAAGGGGAGUGAGGCACUCCUCACCCUGUGGCAGCUCCUAGUCAGGAGGCCUCUCCCCUCCACCUGCACGUCAUGUGGCUGUGGCUCCCAGGACCAGCGCCUGGAGCGGGUGAGUGAACGUCCCUCUCCUCCGUCGGCACUGCCUCCGCUGUGAGCCACCCUUCAGGCUACGUGCAUUUCCGACUGUUCUCAGGGUUUAACCGAAACCGAACAUUAACCGUAGCCCUAACGCGGCUGAGUGGGAUCCAGGCCUUGCCCUCUGGGCCGUGUGAGAGACAGACACUCGCCAACCAGUCCGCAGUGGCUCCCCGUGUGUGCGAGGCUCCCGCCUGCGUGUGUGCGUGUGCAUGUGUGCCUGCACACAGGGGAGGGAAAGUUCUUCAGCUGCCGAGGGUGGGAGUAGGGGCUGGAGCAGCACCCUGCGGCGAGGCCCCACAGGAGAAUCGAUGGUUCUGAUGCUGUCAGCCUCUGGGUGCAAAUUCUGAGGGCCCAGGAGCGUCUGGCGGCCCUGAGCAGCUUGCUGGGGAAGCUCCGUGGAGGAGGAAGUCCAGAGGCAUGUGAUGUGAAUCAGCUUACAUCAUCUUGACGGGAGCCCUGUGAGGCGGACACUUAACUCCAGUUUCACAGGAGGGAGCCAUGGAUUUGCUGCGGGAGCUGAAGGCCAUGCCUAUCACGCUGCACCUGCUCCAGUCCACCCGAGUCGGGAUGUCUGUCAACGCCCUUCGGAAGCAGAGCUCGGAUGAGGAGGUCAUUGCACUGGCCAAGUCUCUCAUCAAGUCCUGGAAGAAGCUCCUGGAUGCUUCCGAUGCCAAAGCCAGGGAGCGGGGGAGGGGCAUGCCUCUGCCCACGUCCUCGAGGGAUGCCUCAGAGGCCCCGGAUCCCAGCCGCAAGAGGCCGGAGCUGCCCAGGGCACCGUCGACUCCGAGGAUCACCACAUUUCCCCCGGUGCCUGUCACCUGUGAUGCCGUGCGCAACAAGUGCCGCGAGAUGCUGACCGCUGCCCUGCAGACGGACCAUGACCACGUGGCCAUCGGUGCGGACUGCGAGCGCCUGUCGGCUCAGAUCGAGGAAUGCAUCUUCCGGGACGUUGGAAACACAGACAUGAAGUAUAAGAACCGUGUACGGAGUCGUAUCUCCAACCUGAAGGAUGCCAAGAACCCUGACCUGCGGCGGAAUGUGCUGUGUGGGGCCAUAACACCCCAGCAGAUCGCUGUGAUGACCUCAGAGGAGAUGGCCAGUGACGAGCUGAAGGAGAUCCGUAAGGCCAUGACGAAGGAGGCCAUCCGAGAGCACCAGAUGGCCCGCACCGGCGGCACGCAGACAGACCUGUUCACCUGCGGCAAGUGCAGGAAAAAGAACUGCACCUACACACAGGUGCAGACCCGCAGCUCUGAUGAGCCCAUGACCACCUUUGUUGUCUGCAACGAGUGUGGAAACCGCUGGAAGUUCUGCUGACCCCUUGUGUAGAUGUGCUGCAGCCUUGGGCCCUCCCCUGCCCACGUCCUCCGUUGACACAGCUUCUCUGGAGACCCUAGAAGGCGGCAUGUCCUGCCCUCAACCUGCCUGCCUGGAUUGCACCUUUCUGCCCUUUCCCCCUCAUUAUUAAAUGUUUCUUUUUGCCA